AUGGCCUAUCUGUCCCUACCCAGCUCAGUGUCCUAUGAAGUCAAGUGGAUAUUUUUUUUCCUCUCAACCCUGGAGUUUGUGGUGGGGAUCCUCAGCAAUGGCUUCAUUGUGCUGGUGAAUGCCUGGGACCUGGUGAGGAGACACCAGCUGUCCAAAAGUGACCUUGUGCUGCUAAGCCUUGGCACCUCUCGGAUCUUCCUACAGGGUCUGCUGUUUCUAGAUGCCAUUUACCUCAGCUAUUUCCAAGUGAUAGGAGACUCUCUGGACAUCAAUUACAAAACCAUCAUCUUGUUUUGGAUGCUUGUCAACCAAACCAGCCUCUGGCUUGCCACCUGCCUUAGCAUUCUCUACUGUGCAAAGAUUGCCCAAGUCUCUCACACCUUCCUACUAUGGCUUAAAGGCUGGCUCCUCAUGGCUAUACCUCAGCUGCUGCUGGGCUCUCUGAUUUUCCCUUGGGUCAGCAUCAUCCCUUGUAUGUGGAAACAUUUCAGUUUAUUGUACUCCAACUCUACAGUUUCAUUCUCUGGGAACAUCACAGAAAAAAGCAUAAAGGAAUGGCUUACUUUUUCCCACUUCUACUUUCUUUGCAAUUCGGGCAGCAUGUUUCCCUUCAUGCUCUUCCUGGCAUCUUCUGUCAUCCUUAUCAUCUCCCUGGGAAGACAUAUGAGGACGAUGACAGCCCAAACUACUGGCUCUGGAGACCCCAGCCUGGAGGCUCACAUCACUGCCCUCAAGUCCUUGAUUUCCUUCCUAUUUCUCUACGUAAUAGGAGUUGUAGCCGCACUAGCUUCAGUCCCCCUGACCUUAGUUUUCUCCAACAAGAUUGGGGUGAUGGUAUGUGUGGGGCUAAUGACUCUUUCUCCUUCAAUGCACUCGAUCAUUCUGAUUUUCAGCAACACCAAGUUGAAAAGAGUUCUCAAAAACAUUUUGCAUUGGGUUCAGUGCUUUCCGAAGGCAUGUGUAGUCUAG